CUCACUCCCUCCCCCAUAACGAUUAUAGAUACGGAAAUAUCUUACCAAGAAACGUAAUAAGUACAGUUUGGUUCUUUUUGUGUGAGAAAAAACAUGGCUUCAAACUCUCACCAAGAACCAUGGCUGUUGGAAAACGGCAACGUCAAGAGCUUGAGCAAGGAGAUGCGGCACGGCCGGACUGCACACAACAUGUCAUCCUCUUCCCUCCGCAAAAAGUCCGACCUCACUCUUGUCUCCAGAGUUCCUUAUGCUUGUCUUAGACAGUUUUUAGCUAACCUUCAAGAGGUUAUUCUUGGGACUAAGCUUUUUGCUCUCUUUCCGGCCAUCCCGCUUGCCAUUCUCGCAGAUUCUUACGCUUUCGGAAGACCAUGGGUCUUCGCUUUGAGUUUACUUGGACUGGUACCACUAGCUGAACGUGUCAGCUUCCUCACAGAACAAAUUGCUUAUUACACAGGUCCCACAGUGGGAGGACUCCUGAAUGCAACCUGCGGGAAUGCAACGGAGCUCAUUAUAGCAAUACUUGCUCUAAAAGACCGUAAAAUAAGCGUGGUCAAGUAUUCCCUCUUGGGGUCCGUUCUUUCUAACCUUCUUCUGGUUCUUGGGACAUCUCUUUUUUGUGGUGGCAUUGCCAACCUUAGUAAAGAACAAAAAUACGACAGAAGACAAGCAGACGUGAACUCUCUUCUGCUGCUGUUGGCACUGUUGUGCCACUUAUUGCCGAUGUUGUUUCGGUAUUCAGGGGAAUCCGAUGCUUUGAAUACAGCCGAGUCAGCCCUCCAAUUGUCGAGAGCCAGUAGCAUUGUUAUGCUAAUUGCAUACGCUGCAUACAUUGUCUUUCAAUUGUGGACACACCGCCAAUUGUUCGAAGCCCAGGAGGAAUCAGAAGAGGAUGGUGAUGCUGUGGAAGAGACGGCUGUGAUAGGAUUCUGGAGUGGAUUUACUUGGUUGGUUGGGAUGACCCUGAUCAUAGCUUUGUUGUCUGAGUAUGUCGUGGCUACAAUUGAGGAUGCAUCAGAUUCUUGGGGUUUGUCUGUCAGCUUCCUUAGCAUAAUCUUGUUACCAAUUGUUGGAAAUGCAGCAGAGCAUGCAGGAGCAAUCAUAUUUGCUUUCAAGAACAAGUUGGAUAUAACUUUAGGUGUUGCUUUAGGGUCUGCAGCUCAAAUUGCAAUGUUUGUGGUUCCAUUAUGCGUGGUUGUAGCUUGGAUUAUGGGAAUUAAGAUGGAUCUUGAUUUCAAUAUUCUUGAGACAUGCUCUCUUGCUCUAUCAAUAAUUGCUACGGCCUUCACUUUACAGGAUGGGACUUCUCACUACAUCAAGGGAUUGGUUCUCCUCUUAUGCUACAUUGUUAUUGGAGCAUGCUUCUUCGUAUCAAAAACACCAUUUAACCAAGCAAAUAUAAUCAACUCAGGAAUUAAGAUGACAACAGAAGCAGCUUUCAGAGCUUAACAAAGGCGCCACCUUUCAGGAUCACUUCCUAGAUAAGGAUUGAUCCAUGCAUUGGAUCUUCAACAUUCAACGGAUCGAUCGACUGGCAAAUUCGCUGAUCUUGAUUGAAAUCAUCAGUCGGAAAUCAAGCAACAUUCAAGUUUUUUGGUUGUGGAUGGAAGCCGUACGUCUUCAUGCAUGCUUGGCCUAAAGUUGAGAUGGAUUUUAUAUGAUACCAUCGAAAACUUGAUGACGAACACCUAUAUAUAUAUAUAUAUAUAUAAUAUUGUCUUGUAUAUCUUAUAAUUUCUUGCACUUAAUUUGAGUUCUAUUUCACAUUAAUGAACAAGGGUUGGAAUAUUUGCUUUAAUUAGUACUCUUUGUACUGCAAUAAGAAUCAAUAAAUUGAUGGUAAUUGUUUUUGUUUU